AUGCAGGCGCAACAAUGCCGCAGCUCCAGCGAGUCGCCCAACGCGUCGCCUUUUCCCGCGAGCGGGGUGGCUGUCAAGAUGCAGUGUGGUGGGGCCGCGGAGCGGCCAUGGCGCCUUUCCAGGGACUUCGAUCCAAACCCCAGAAGCCCGAUUUGGAGGAGCUCAGCCCCUGAGCCCCUUGUUUGGGCUGAGAGUUCUGCGGCGUCGAUGUUGUACGGCAGCCAGGAUGCGCCGAACAUCUGGCAUCAAGAGGCCCUCUCUGAAGCUGCUGACAGCCUCGUGGCUGGAGAGCUGGCACAGAUCUACCAGUUGGUGAAGGCCAAAAACGAGCGCAUCUCAGAAAAAGAGGAGCAACUGCAUCACAGCGAGUGCCUCGUCGCAGAAACAGUCGGUGCAGCCAAGGCACACUUGCGCGAGGAAGUUGAGGAGCUGCUGCGCAGCAGCCACAGGGAGCUGAGGAAGGAGGCCAGCGUCCAAAGACGGCGUCUUGAAGACCUCUUCCAAAAAGCUCAGGAGGAAUUUCGAAAGGCCGUCGAGUGGCGGCGUGAGGCGCGGACGUUGAAGGGGACAGUAAGCAAUGAGAUUGAGACCCGCGAGAAGCUCCAGAAAAAAGUUCAGGAGCUUUUGCGGCGAGAGAAGGCACUGAAGCAGCAGCAUGAGCUCGAGCGAAAGCGCUGGGCUGAGGAGAAGGAGCAGCUUCAAAAACAAGCUUUGCUUCAACAAGAGGCUCAGCUGAGGCCGUUUCUCGAAACCAUGGGAGACCAGUUGAUGCCCCACAGCCGUGCCCCGCUGAGAGAGCCUGACUUUCUGCAGACACAUCCUGAUGUUUCCUUGCGGCGGAGCCAAGGUCCAUCGAAUUCAUCGGAAAUUCCGGCGCGCACUCGCAUGACCCUGCAGCUGGAUGAGCCCGUGAACAGCGAAGACCCGCAGUUCGACCCGGACGAGCUGUUGUACCAUGCUGUCGAUAUGUGGAGCUCCCACGGUUCGACGUCCACUGCGCGGUGGGCAAGGCCACACCGCGAGGUGGGACCCUCGCCGCUGAGCUUGGUGUCUGCCUGGUGGUCAGUGGACACUGUCAUGGCCCUGGGCCCACGUGGACUUUGGGGUUGCGCGACACUCCUUGUGGCGGAGCCUGUGAAGAAUCAGGAGCUUCAAAGCUGGUUCCUCCGCCGCUGGGUAUGGCACGCGCUACAAGCCGAUGCCCAGAGUAUUUGGCAGCUGGCGGCCGAAUCAGUCAAGGUCCGGAAGAGUGCGCCGCCCCUCCCACUUGAUCUGCCUGGCCUGAAGCCGGAGGCGUUGGACCUGCUCUCGUGGCUCCCAGAUCCACAUCGGCGAGUCGGGCUUCUGCCAAAGCUCCGGCGUCAGCUGCAGCCACUGAUUGCAGCGCCCGACGAGGUCGUGCCCAACGAUGCCGAUCUGCUCUGGCUGCGCCCAGCUUCGGCCCAACUUGCUGUGGCUCAGGCCUUGUGGAAGGAUGUUCGACAGCAGCUUCUGUCUUCAGAGAGGGCAUUACGUCAAGGUCUUGCGGAGUCGUCGGCGAUGGCAGAGGUGGCCAGGACUUUGCUCAGCGUGGCCGCCCUGUCGCUGGCCGUGUCUCCCGGUGACGGGGAGGCAGCUCUUCGCGCCUUGGCACGGCUUUGUGCAGGACAUGCAGAUGAUCUUGCGUCGCAGCUGCCUGAUGCGAUGCCAGUGCUGCUCUGGCUUGCUGAUGUGACGGGAGCCACGGGCAGGUGUCCUCCUGCCGAGGGUGGCACUGCCGAGCUGGCCUCAAAGCUCCUGGAGCAGCUGGGCAGUGCAUCAAUCGAGCAUGACCCACCCACCACGGUGUACUUCCUCGCCGCCGCACUGCUCCGGUCACCCUUCGAGGCGGUCGCAUCAAGGCCAAGCUCCUCUUUGCUCGCCGUGUUGGCUCAGCUGCUGUGCCAGUCGGUCGAGGCCGCGACUACACAGCUGGAGAAGCCAACCCUGAGAGAGGCAGACGCGUUGGAAAGACGAAACUUGAGAGCGCUGCGAGGUCCUUUGCGUCGAUGGCGGGAUCAGCUGCACGAAGGCGCAAAGAACAGCCAAGUGACAGUGUGGGUCAGCAACUGCAUCGAGGUGUUGGAUGAACUCUCGCUCUACUGA